GAGAGAAGUGAGAGAGAGAGGGAGGGAGGGAGGAGUGAAGCUGCUGUCGGAGCUCUGAGCUCAGUCUUCAGUCUUCAGUCUUCAGUCUUCAGUGUUCGGCCGGCUGCGUCUCCUCUGAUCGAAGCUGAAGCUCCCACUGGAUUCUUCUUCUCUUUUCAUCCAUUGGUGGAUUUUUUGUGGGAAUUAAAACAUUUCUUGUGUUUCUGAGGAUCCAGAGAUUUUAAUUUGACACUUUGCUCCCGUCUGGUUUGGACUCGACCCUCCUGGAGUCCUUCAGAGGACCGUCUUCAGCCUGAGGUCGGGUUUCUUUGGGCUCCCUGCGUGCUGCUGCCGGUGCACUUCCUGUCUGGAUGCCCCAGGACUACCCGCAGGCUGCAGUUCCUCCCUCGGUCUGCAGGGCGGCAGCAGAGAGCGACGGCCGGGCGCUGGACAGACGGAGCGUCGGCAUGAGUGACUUCUGGCACAAGAUGGGCUGCUGCGUGGUGGCUAAACCCCCGCCGAAGAAGAAGAGGAGGAGGAUUGAUCGCACCAUGAUCGGAGAGCCGACCAACUUCAUCCACCUCACACACAUCGGCUCCGGAGAGAUGGCCGAGGGCCUGCAGCCGUCGGGGUCGGUUCAGGAACAGAUGAGGUCUAAAGGCCCGAACAUGAACGGCAGGAACAGCCUGUUAUAGCCGGAGUGUGUGACUCUGACGUAGACCAGCUGACCGACCUUCACUCUCCUCUCUGACCAUGACCGGGAUGCUUCUGCCCUGCUGGAGUGUCGUUGAGCAAAGCGCUGCCUCAGCAGCUGCAGACAGACCGGAUCCCCGUCUGAUCAAUAUAAUCCCUCGUCGCCUCGUCGUCAUCCGGACGUCUUUCUGCUGACAAUCAGCCGACAGACAUCCUAUCAGAGUCCGGACGGAUCCGGUCCAAAGAACCUCCAGACAACAAUGUGAUGGCAAGGACUACAUCUCCCAGCAUGCCUCUAAACAUCACUAGCGGCAGACGUGAGGAGGCUUCCCCUGUCAGUAUUAAAUCAAGCCAACUCAUGACAUCACUGGACAUUUCCCACAAUCCCCUUCUAUUCAGGAUGCGAUAGAUGACAGAAAGUCUGUAUUUACAAAGAACAACUGGAAUGUUUUUGCUUUAGACAAAGACCACAUUUCCCAGCAUUCCUAGCAACAUUUCCUUUAACCCUCACAGUCUGGGAGGGGCUGAACAAUCCCACAAUCCUUCACUCCGCUCAGCUGUGCUCUUCCCCACACGGCCUCAGUGAUGACAUCAUCAGACAACAACUCCCAGGAUGCCUCACUGCGGGUGCAGAGUUAUUACAGACUCCUUUAAAGAGCUGGGAAAGUCCCCAGUGUGUGUGUGUGUGUGUGUGUGUGUGUGUGUGUGUGUGUGUGAUGUCACAGGUCUUAAUGUUCCAGUAGUUUAAAUUUAAACUCUCUCAGAUCUUUGUUGUCCAAAGCGUCUCACUCCUCAUCAGAACGCCUCCGCUGUGGUUCUGGGGCCAGAACCGGGUCAGAACGUUCUCUCUGGACUUUUGUUCCAAAUGUUUCCUAGUGUGAAGCUCAAGUGUCGAGCGUUUAACUGCUUUAUAUUCUGAACAUGUUAUUCUGACGUUCUGCUGUUCUGGGAUCUGCUGUUUAUCUCUCGUCCUGAUGACGUCAUGUCAGAACACGUGUGGACGGGUCAAAGAGUUCUGAAACUCAGAGAAUUCAUCAGAAAGAGAAGGAGCGUGUUCAGAGCUGCUGUUUGGACCUCCUCAAGACUUCUAUUAAACACACGAUGGUUCCUGCACUUUAUAGAACCAGUGACAUCAGAACCAACUCACCAACCGGACUCUGUCCAGUCCGUGUGUUCUGACAGACAGACGUGUGAUUGUAUUCAUACAGUUAAAUAUUUUCCUACAUGAGUGUCUGAAUCUGUCAGAACCUCCUAAAAUAUCAACUCCUUUCAAAUUUAUUCAGUUUUUUUGCCAAAAAUGUUGUCGUGGAACAGAAGCUCCUUUUAAAGUAAAAAAGCUUAGAAUACCAAAAACUGUGGUGUGCACCUGAACGCCUCACAGCACCAGACUCCUACUGAGAAACUACAGAUUUAAGUUUUUAUCCUAUUUGUAAAAAGAAAACAAGAAAGUUUUUGGAUUUAUGUAUCUGAUUAUAUUACACCAACUACAAGGAGUGUAUCAGUCAGUUCUGAUUGACUGAUGUUUUAAAGGAGUCAGCAGAAACGCCUCAGACGGGAGUCAGAGGAGAAACUGUGAUGACGUCAGUGAACACUCAGCUGUUGUCUGCAGCGGUUGCCAUGGUAACCGCUGAGUCAUGGUGUUCCCCCUCACUGUGGCGACCAGCCACACUUCCUCCCUGAGGCCAAAAAAAUGUCUAUUUAAGGAAAAUUUGAGUCGCUGCUGCUCGUCUCAGCUUCCCUCAGGACAUUGUGGUGCGUUCACUGCACUCCUCAGAGCGUGGGAGUUUCUAAACUUCCCAUUUUCUGAUGAUUAACUUUUCCACAGCCAACAACCGCGACGCGACAGUUUGACCCGAACAUCACGCAGAGUUUAACAUUUUGUGAUUGUAAGCUGCUCGGAUCCUCAAACCAAAGUGAUGUCUCACGAGCAGGUGUUAUUGAUCGGUGAUUAAAACAUCGCUGCAGUUCCCACCAGGAGCCACAGGUGGCGCCAAAUCAGACACGACUGAAAACUGAAGGUGUGUUUGUGUCUGAACACGACAUCUUCGACGUGUUCAGUCACAAACACACCUUCAGUUUUCAGGCGACAUUUUGGAAACAUCCCUCUACGCGGACGACACGUCUUUAUUUUCUCACGUUUAAUUGUAUGUUUCGUGUUAUUAAAACCUCGUCCAGUGGUUUCACGCCGGUCUUCAGCAGUGGUAUCUGGCUCGGCCCUUGUUGAGUUAGGACUGCAUCAUGUUCUGGUUUGAAAUACCCGGUUCUGUCUCCACACACACACGGCUGGAUGCUUCCACGUCCUGAAGUCGGCUCAGUGCCACGUAACAUGAACGUGUCCAUGGUUUGCAGGAACUUUAACUGCCAAUAUUUCACUCUCAACUGGACCGCCUGUGUUCUGGUUCUGAUAAUCUGUAGGUGUGUCAGGUCGGCCUCUGAAGAGGUUCAGUUCUCAGGCUCUGUUCUGACCUCUGGACUCUAUCUGCCUUGUUUCUCUUCUGAUUCGUGGAAACUCAGAGCUGUUUCUCAGCACCAGUCCGGCUCCUUUUGUUUAUUUCCUCUCUUCCUCUUCCUCUUCCUCUUCCUCUUCCUCUUCAUUGCCACUCACUCGGGCUUCCCCGCCUGGUGAACGGUCCACUGACACUGGACAGAACUUUCGCCUCCGACAGGAACUAUCUGAUUCUGAUCAACUUUUUAUUCUCUGAGGAUUUCUGUGCUUCUGUUGUUGUUUAUCAAAGAUGUUGAUUUAUUGAACUGUUUGUAUUAUUGAUCAGUUUAUACUUCCUGUUGUUUGAAUACAUCCAGUCUGUUGAAACCUGCAGACGACCAAUAAAAAGUCAAAUAAGAUUUAUUUCAUCAUUAAUAUUCAUCCGACAGUGAUCAGCUGUAACCAAUCAGCAGCUGCAGUUCCUCUGACGGCCACCAGGUGCUGCUGUGAUGAAACUGUACUGAAGUGAACAAGAAACAUUAUCUUCAUCAUCUUCAUCAUAACUUAGUGUAGAAAUGAGCGAUUCACGUAAACUGAGAGCGUGAAACAGAUUUAUGAUGAAAAACGUCCUGCUGUUUCUAUGACGACCCUCCGACAGGUGGAUCUGAGAGACGUCAACAUGUAAAUAAACAUAAACAACACGUUUCAUCUGACUGA